AUGGACGCAAACCAGCUCUUGACAAAUACGCUCUCGCCGGAUCAGGCUAUCCGCACUGAUGCCGAACAGAAACUGGAGGCAGCUGCUCGCGACAGCUACCCUGUCUACAUGAGCACGCUCGCUGCUGAGCUUGCCAACGAAUCCUCUCCCUCGCAUAUUCGAACCGCUGCCGGUAUUGCAGUCAAGAAUGCCUUGACGGCGCGCGACCCAACUCGAGUGGAAGAAUAUACGGCAAGAUGGACACUCCUGCCGCAAGACAGCCGCGAUGAUAUCAAGCAAAAGGUUCUCAGCACUCUUGGCAGCCAAGAGCACCGUGCGGGAACUGCUGCCGCCCAGGUCAUUGCCGCAAUUGCCGCCAUCGAGUUGCCAGUGGGUCUUUGGAACGAGCUCAUCUCCCAACUUCUCAGCGCUAUGGGUGAUGCCAGCAACAUGCGCUUGCGACAAGCUGCUCUUCAAGCUAUCGGUUUCACCUGUGAAGGCAUCAGCUCCGAUGUUUUGGCAGCCCAGUCGAACGAGAUCCUCACGGCCGUCAUUCAAGGUGCACGCAAGGAGGAGCCCGCACCAGAGGUCCAGCUCGCUGCAUUGCAGGCGCUCUUCAACUCGCUCGAGUUCGUUCGUGCCAACUUUGAGCGAGAGGGUGAGCGCAACUACAUCAUGCAGGUGGUCUGCGAAGCGACACAGAGUCCCAACAUGCCCGUUAAGGUGGCCGCCUACGAAUGUCUCGUCCGAAUCAUGCAGCUCUACUACGACAAGAUGCGCUUCUACAUGGAGCAGGCUCUCUUCGGUCUCACCGUUCUCGGCAUGCGAGACUCGGAACCCAAGGUGGCGCUUCAAGCUGUCGAGUUCUGGUCCACUGUCUGCGACGAGGAGAUCGAGCUGGCCCUCGAGGCUGAGGAGGCUGCCGAGUUCGGUGAGGAGCCCGAACGCAUCUGCUACAACUUUGCCCGUAUCGCUUUGCCCGAGAUCGUCCCCGUCUUGCUCGAGUUGCUCAAGACGCAGGACGAGGACGCCGAUGAGGACGAGUGGGAUGUUUCCAAGGCCGCAGGUACCUGUGUUGGCUUGCUCGCCCAGGUGGUCGGUGACGAUAUUGUCCGAUUGGCUGUACCCUUCGUUGAGGGCAACAUCAAGAACCCCGACUGGCACGCUCGUGAAGCUGCCGUCAUGUGCUUCGGCUCCAUCAUGGAAGGCCCCGAUCGUAAGACACUCGCACCCCUCGUUGAGUCGGCACUCCCUACCAUCAUCGAAAUGCUGCGUGACCAGAGCAUCGCAGUCAAGGACACAGCCGCAUGGACUCUGGGACGCAUCUCGGAUCUCUGCUGCGACUCGAUCAAGACUGACGUUCACCUUCCCGCACUCGUCCAGGCUCUUGUGCUUGGCUUGCAAGACGAGCCUCGUAUCGUGACCAACUGCUGCUGGGCCAUCAUGAAUCUUUCAGAGCAGCUUGGUGCCAACGCUCUGGCCUACGAGAACGGUGAGGGCUCUGACGCAGCUACUGCCUCCACUACACCUCUUUCGCCCUUCUUCGAGGGAAUUGUUGGCAGUUUGCUCCAGGCCACCGGCCGCAGCUCGAACGAGUCCAACAGUCGUACAUCCGCCUAUGAGGCAUUGGCGAGCUCCGUCACUCACUGCGCCGCUGACUGCGUUCACCAGGCCAGCGGCGUCUUGGUGCAGAUCCUUGACCGACAGCAGCAGCUCAACGAGGUCGCAGGUCAGCUCGUCGGCAUGGACGACCGAAACAACUGGGCAGAGCUCCAGGGCAACCUUUGCAGUGUCUUGAUGGCUUGUGUCCGCCGCCUCGGUCGCGAGACACUACCUCUGGGUGACCGCAUAAUGACCAACCUGUUGACGCUCAUCCAGAACGGUGCCAAGCAGCCCACUGUGCUGGAAGAUGCCUUCUUCACCGUCGGUGCCGCUAUCGCUGCCUUCGAUGCUGACUUCGAGAAGUACCUUGGCGCCUUCCUUCCCUUCAUGGUUGAGGGUCUUCGCAACCACGAGGAGUACCAGCUCUGCUCGAUCAGCGUUGGCCUCAUCGGCGAUAUCUGCCGUGCUCUCGGCGAGAACUCGGCCAAGUACUGCGACGACUUCAUGAACGCACUCUUUGCCAACCUUCAGUCGCCUCAGCUCAACCGUAGCGUCAAGCCACCUAUUCUUUCGUGCUUCGGUGACAUUGCCAUGGCUAUCGGUCCUGCGUUCGAGAAGUACCUUCAGAUGGGCAUGUCGGUGCUGCAGCAGGCUUCGCUUAUCCAGACCGUUGACCCCAACGACUACGACAUGAUCGACUACAUCAACUCGCUGCGCGAAGGUAUCUGCGAAGCAUACGUCGGCACCGUUUCGGGUAUGCGUGCUGGCAACCGUGUCGAAGCAUUGCAGCCUUACGUCGAGGGCAUGUUUGCUUUCAUUGCUCUCGUCGCACAAGCUCAGGCACAGAGCCAGGCGUCAGAACCCCUCAUUCGUGGCGCACUUGGUCUGCUAGGUGACUUGGCCAGUGCUUUCCCCAACGGCGAGCUCAAGGUGCUUCUCACAGGCGCUUGGGUUGCCGAGUUCAUCAAGCUGGGUCGUGGACGUGGUAAUGGCUCCGAAACUCGCAAGACAGCCGCUUGGGCAAGGGAAAUGGUCAAGAAGGCCACAAAGUGA